UGCAUCAGCAUCAUCAUCAAAACAACCGUUAUUGUCGGCGUAACGGGAUAAGCAGUUGUUGAAGCGGGCCUUCGGCCUGUCAGCAAAUACAUUUUCUCAAGGCCGUCGUCAUGACUCUGAACCAGAACCACUCAGAGUCCGGCGGAGUCAUCAUUAACAACAGUGAAAGUGUGUUGAUGAACCAUGAUAACGUGGAGCUGCUUUUCUGUGAUGCAGAGCACCUGCCUGAAGCCUUCAGAAAGGGCAAGAAGGGAGGCAUCUACCUAACUCCAUACAGGGUGAUCUUUCUGUCCAAAGGCAGAGAUGCGCUGCAGUCCUUCAUGAUGCCCUUCUACAUGAUGAAAGGCUGUGAGAUCAAGCAACCUGUACUGGGAGCCAACUACAUCAAAGGCACUGUUAGUGCAGAGCCUGGAGGUGGCUGGGAGGGCAGUGCUACGUUUAAACUGGUCUUUGCUGCAGGUGGAGCCAUAGAGUUUGGCCAGUACAUGCUGCAGGUGGCAGCUCAGGCUUCCAGAGGUCAGCCUGUGACUGCUGGGUUCGGUGGAUGUCCCUACAUGGCCAACGGAGCCUAUUCUUAUCCUCCUCCGCCUGCUAAUGGGAUGUACCCAGCUGCACCUCCACCUGGUUACUCCUAUCCCAACCCUCCUCCACCAGGAGGAUUCUACCCCUCUCCUCCGGCCUUUGACGCCUCUGCCUCCUACAUACCUCCACCUCCAUAUUCUGCUCCUCUGGGUCAGCAACCCCUGCAUGAUCCAGACCUCCCCUCCUCAGCAGCAGCGGAGGCCAAAGCAGCGGAGGCAGCAGCCAGUGCCAGCAGUGCCACGCUGCCCCCCUCACAUGUCUACCUGCCCCAGGACAAACCACCUCCGUACUCUCCUCCAGAGGACAAGAAGAAGCAGUAAAGGAGGCUGAUGUCAACUUGUUUUCUCUCCUCUCCUUCAUACCACUGGAUGAUUCUUUUUCUCACCAUCUCAUCUCCCCUUUACUAUUUUCUUAAUUGUUUUAAUUCAUCUUAUCUCCUCUCCUCGCUUAGCCCCCUCCCUCUGCUUUCCCCCCAAAUGUAGAAGCACCUUAACAUGAAGGAUAUUUGAAGCAGUAGGAACGGGGAGUUUGUUCUAAUUCAUGAGGGAUAUAAACAUUAUAAUCUAAGUAUUUUAGCAUUUAUGGCCUUGAAAAUGCCCCUAUGAUAAUACUGUAAUCAUGCCACUUAUACAGGAGGCUGCACUGUCAUUUAUUCUAUGACUGUUUGUGGAACAAAACUGACUCUGUGAUGAUACUAAUUUCACAGCUGAGCUCAUAAAAAAACUGAAUGCCGUUCAUUUUUUUUUAUGUACAAGCUUUUAAUAUGCAGACAUAUUUUUAAAAAUGAGAUAUUUUCUGAAACCACUAAGACAAAAUGACAACAGUGAAGAGAGCAGAUAGAGAAAGACAGAGAUUAACAGUUAGGUCCUAAUCCUGGAUUAAAGCAGGAUCUGGAGGGACUCUAUGUUCAUCAUGAGGGGAUUGUUUAACUUGCACUUGAGUCUGUGAUGUCACUUCCUUCUCUGCCACACCCCAGAAUGUUCCAGUAACACAGUUCCUCUCAUCCUUCACCCUGCUGCGUUCUUCUAACACACACACUCUAAAGCUUAUCUCUGGAUGUUCAGAGGUUUCUUCUCUUUGCUGUUUUCUUCUUCCUCUGUGGUCACUGAGCUGUGAUUCUGUACCUGUGGCUGAAUAUUUGCACUUUAAAAGACACUGCUAUGCAUCAGGCUCCUGUUCUGUCACAACAGUGUGGAUUAUUACAACAGUAACAAUUAUUAUAAACCUCUAUGUUUUAUCUCUUUAUAAUUUACUGAGUAUUUCCUGAAGGCGGGGUUUCAUGGUUUCAGUGAAUGCAUGUACACACUGGACAGGACUGUGUUGAAUAGAGUUUGAUUCAUGUGGAA